AUGGACCGCGAAGUGGCACAUGACAAGGCCGAGGAAGCGAGGCUGGAGGCAGAAGAUGCUCGAAGAGAAGAGCGGCGAGCCAUCCUGGAUCCGACGAGAUCGCCCACUCCACCGUCACGAGGCGGCGCACGGAGCCCUGGUGCAGGGACUACGCCGUUUGUCAGUCUCUGGGCAAGGCAUAUCGAUGACAUUGAGCGUGCGGAACACGAAGGCCUGACUUAUACGCCACGGAGACCCAUGCAUGUCCGACAUGCUGCUGAUGCCGAAGAUGCCCCACCGGCAUACAAUAGUAUCAUGCCUCCUCUGGGUGAGGCUCCGCCCGCAUAUUCCCCCACUUCCGAUGAUGAGGAAUCCGGGGGAAGGAGGAGGAGGAGGAGCAGAAUGAGGCGUUUCAGUGACCACUAUCUGAACCGUUUCUAG